CAAAGGCAAGCAGGAAGGAAAUCUCAGCUGCUUAGUAAAUGCCCUAAUUUGAUUUAUUUUCUGCUCCCUUCCCCCACUCAAACUGUUCUGCUAACCUGUUAGUCCCAACUCAGACAAGUAAGACCUGCUAAUCUGAUUAGUCCUGACACACAGGAGCAGGGCUGCUGGGAAAAGCUGGACCCUUACAGCUGUUUCAGGCUUCAGCUUUGAUCAUAACGUUAUGGGGUAGCUGAAUGUAUAGUGCAGUGUGACAGAAGCCUGCAGCAUGCACACAAGUGAGCAGUGUGACCGUCACUGAAGAUUUCUGCCCUGGGUCUGAGGCCACUGGAAUAUAAACCAUGUUUCGUGUCACCUUCAAUGUAGUGACAGAGAAAGUAACCUUCACCUUGGCAGCCUGCCCCUCCGCCACAUGGAAGGCAGCACCACCUGAGGAGCUCAGCUCACCCAGUCGAUGUGAAGGCAAGGCAGACCAAGGUGCAGCAGAUGAAGGGGAGGCAGAGAGGUCAGCUGGUGGGGACAGCAGUGUUGCUUUGAGCUACCCCAGCCUCCACCUCCAUGCCUACAGCAUCGAGAGCAUGACAACAUUUCCGAAUGGCUGUGGAAAUGGCACCACCGUUACUUGUAUAGUUAUGGAUAAUAAAGAGCCCCAAAACCAGACUACCUGUGCCAGUCAUAAUGGGGGACACAGCACCAGCAACAGUGUUGAGGAGGAAUUUCAAGAGGACAAGCUCAGCCCUUCCAAAAUCAUGCGCUUUUUCACCACCCCUCGGAAACGGGCUAAUUCCAGCUCUGACAGGCCUCGUUCUCUGGUUUUGAUGGGCAACUCAUCUACGUGGAAUGCCUUUUCUUCUAUCAGAAAGAUGGGAUCUUUCAAGAAGUUGAAAUCUUCAGUUCAGCAAGGAACUCAAACAAGGGAAUGCUCAGACGUUGUAAACGACAACAGCAUAGGCAAACAUGGUUCAAAUGGAGCAGUGGUGCAAGUUCAGACUAACAGGUAUUCCUAUUCGGGGCCUCUGCAUGAUUUCCAGAAUGCAGUAGAUGGUUUGGCUUCUGACUGCUCUGAUGUGGAGGAGAGCGAUGAGUCCUUCCUGAGGAACACUCAUCGCUCACGCAGCAUCAGGCGGGCUUAUGGUGCUGGCCGCAUCAACUUGUUAGACACAGAUAAAAUUCAGAGUCGCCACAACUGUGUUAGGCCAAUGUCACCUGUCAUUGCAGAGCCAAAGAUCUGUGAAAUUCUGGUGAAAGACUCCGAAAACAACAGGAUCAUUUAUUGGAGAAGCAAAAGUUCUGAUAAUUUGAACUUUCUGAAGAAAAGCUCAUUCAAACGGAAGUCCACCUCAAACCUUGCUGAUCUGAAGGUUGCAAAUGAAAAACAGAUACCAGCAAGGACCGCGAGCGUUCCUUCUGCUGACUCCGACAAAAGUGAUGGAAACCCUGAGAGGCGAUCCAAGCGAUGGAAGAGCCCUAUCAGAGCAAAGGAUUUUGAUCGAGUUUUGAAACUCGUCAGUAACGUUACAGAUGUUGCAAGGAAGAAGGAUGGCCCCAAGAACGUGGCUCCUUCUCCUGGUGAGCUGUCCCAGAGAACAAGGUCAAACAGCAGGCUGCAUGAUGACUACUCCCGCAGGGUUUCCAGCAGCACGGACCAUGACAGGAAGAGAGGCACCUCCUCAGUAUCCAGUCCAGACUCUUCCUUGCCAGGAACACCUUGCCUGCAAAGCCCUGUGAUUGCUCAGGAUAAAAAGGCUGAAAUGAAUGUAGCUGUCCCUGAGGAUAAAAGCCCCAGGACGUCAUCAGGUAUCCCAGACUCUGAUAGCUUUUCACCUACUCUGGAUGACAUUAGUCCAUUUCCAAAUGAAGUCUUUUAUUCGGACUCAGAUGAACCAAAAGCUACUCAGCACUGUGCAGAUGAAGCUGAAAACCUUCAUGUUCCAGUCAGGCCAACUACUCCAAAGCCUCAAAGUCCAACUGCAGGGAAGGUCAAGUGCAGUAUGAAUUUCCAGUGUCCAAACCAUCACAGCACGUUGUCACUGAGCUCAUCGGAGAGCGAGGAGAGAGUUGAGGUACCGGGGCUGAAGCUGGGCAGGAAUCCUGUUUGCUUCCAGGACUCAGUGAAAACUGUGUAUUAUGAUGAUGGAAAUGAAGACAGUGGCAUAAGCAGCCACUCUCAGCUGAGCCUCAAUUUAGCCUCUAGUACUGAAGAGAAAAAGGAAGAGGUUGUUUCUGAUGACCACUGGAAGAGGUCCACAUCCCAGGAGGAAGAAAAGGCAGACUCACAAAAAGUCACACCAAGGAAAUGGGGCUCUGGAAAAAGAUCCCGGCCCAGACCUCUCUCAGACUAUGGCCAAAUGGCGAUCCGAAGUUUGUCUAUACCAGAAGAUGCAGUUGCAGUGGAGUCUCAGAACACAGACUGCACAGAUGGAGAAUAUCAGCCGGGACUGGCAUCCCUUGGGUCUGGGAUCCAAAGCAAUACUGUAGGCUACCACAGAGGGAGGAAGAGAAGACCCAUCUCCGUAAUAGGUGGGGUCAAUUUCUAUGGAGACGAUCAAGCAGAAGAGAGAGAAAAUCUGCUGACACAACCUGUGGCGCGGCCACCCGUUCCAGCACACAAGGUGCCCCCGUACAAGGCUGUUUCAGCCAGGUUCCGGCCGCUCACCUUCUCACAAAGUACCCCCAUCGGUCUGGACCGCGUGGGACGGCGGCGGCAGAUGAGAACAUCUAAUGUUGCUGCAGAUGGUGGGACUGAAUCUUCAGCCUUAGUGGAUGACAAUGGCAGUGAGGAAGAUUACAGCUAUGAGGAGCUCUGCCAAGCUGCUCCCAGGUACCUGCAGCCCGGAGGGGAACAGCUAGCAAUUAAUGAGCUGAUAAGCGAUGGCACCGUCGUCUAUGCAGAGGCUCUCUGGGACCAUGUCACUAUGGAUGAUCAAGAGCUGGGCUUCAAAGCUGGAGAUGUCAUUAGAGUUCUAGAAGCUUCCAACAAAGACUGGUGGUGGGGAAGAAAUGAGGACAAGGAGGCCUGGUUUCCAGCUAGCUUUGUCAGGCUGCGAGUUAAUCAGGAAGAAGUGCCAGAAAAUUGUAGUAAUAUCCAAGACGAAGAACAAGAUUCAGAUACUAGCAAGCAUCGCCAGAAAAUAGCUGAAAACAGGGAUCAGAUGAGAACCAACGUUAUACAGGAAAUUAUGAAAACAGAACGAGUCUAUAUCAAGCAUCUCAAGGACAUCUGUGAGGGUUACAUUCGGCAGUGUCGCAAACAUACAGGAAUGUUCACCACAGCUCAGCUAAGCACCAUUUUUGGAAAUAUUGAAGAUAUUUACAAGUUCCAAAGGAAGUUUCUGAAGGAUCUUGAGAAACAGUACAACAAAGAAGAACCUCAUCUAAGUGAAAUAGGGUCAUGUUUUCUUCAACAUCAAGAAGGCUUUGCUAUUUAUUCAGAGUAUUGUAACAACCAUCCCAGUGCCUGCAUUGAACUCUCCAGACUGAUGAAGCAGGGCAAAUACCGCCACUUCUUCGAGGCCUGUCGCUUGCUUCAGCAGAUGAUUGACAUUGCCAUUGACGGUUUUCUUCUUACGCCUGUUCAGAAAAUCUGCAAGUACCCUCUGCAGCUUGCAGAAUUGCUCAAAUACACCACUCAGGAGCACAGUGAUUACAGCAACAUAAAAGCUGCAUAUGAGGCCAUGAAGAACGUGGCAUGCCUGAUCAACGAGCGAAAACGGAGACUAGAAAGCAUAGACAAGAUUGCCCGUUGGCAAGUCUCUAUCGUAGACUGGGAGGGACCAGAUGUGUUAGCCAGAAGCUCAGAACUGAUCCACUCAGGAGAACUGACCAAAAUAUCAAAACAAGGCAAAAGCCAGCAGAGGACUUUCUUCCUUUUUGACCAUCAGCUUGUGUUCUGUAAGAAGGACUUGCUGAGAAGGGACAUUUUGUAUUACAAGGAUCGUAUUGACAUGGAUGAGACAGAAAUUGUGGACACCGAAGAUGGCAGAGACAAAGAUUUUAACAUCAAUGUCAAGAAUGCUUUUAAGAUAAUAAACAGAACAACAGAGGAGGUUCAUUUGUUCUGUGCAAAAAAACAGGAGGAUAAAAAGAGAUGGAUGGAGGCGUGUGAAAAUGAAAGGAGAAGAGUUCGAGAAGACAAGGAAAUGGGUAUGGAAAUCUCAGAAAACCAGAAGAAACAAGCCAUGCAGAAUGCCCGUAAGUCAAGGCAAGGAAAAAUUAAAGGUGUGAGCUAUAAUGGGUGUCCUCUGCCUCCUCUACACCAAACCCUUCAUCCCCUUCACCAGCGACACAUCACCGUGCCUACCAGCGUCCCGCAGCAGCAGGUCUUUGCCCUGGCAGAGCCCAAGCGGAAGCCAUCCCUCUUCUGGCAUACCUUCAACAAACUCACUCCCUUUAAAAAGUGAGAGGCCAAAGGACCUGGAAGGGCAUCAGCACAGAGGGAGACUCACUUCAGAGAAGGACCUUGGAGACAUGGUCAAGCUUACUUGAGCUCAGUGAAUCUCCCAUUUCAGAGGCAGAACCUUGGGUUCCCUUGGGCCAGGAAUGCAGCCUUUGUCUUGGAUAAGAAGUUUGUCAGGGCUGCUCUGAAGUCCAUGCUGCCAAGUGUCAGCAUUGCUGAUGAAGAGCAGUCUCUCUUCUGACAAAGUCAACUUGCUGUUACUCAGAAACAGCAGUAUUUGAUCUCUGUUUCUUAGUUAUGUUGAGGUAGUGAUGGAAUUGUGCAGGUCAUUGUAACAUUUCAUUUUUCUUAACCUUAUAUUGAUGGCCAAAUUUUGGAUAGGGAGGAAUUUUUCUAUAGGGAUGUAUCAGCAAGGAGUCUUAGGAGAGUUUUCUCCUUCCUUCUGGAGCACUGAGCACAGAUCACCCAUUAAAAUCAGGUGGAGCUAUCCCAUGUGAUUUACCAGCUGGUGCAGAAUUUAGUGGACCCUAAUCCUUCCUGUCUUUUUUUUAUUACAUUGCCAAAUGGCAGGAAAACAUCCCGCAAGGCCUUACCAUAUUCCAGAUUGGAACAGGGAAAUUUUAUUCUGUCCUAUAGAAACAGGAACAGAGUGUGAAAUGGACUGUAAAGAUAUGUGCAUUUAUUGCACACAGGUGGAAACAAGAGGAACCCAGGGCAUCUCAGAUUGAUUCAUUUCAGUCAGAGCAGAUGCAUGCGUGUAUACUCUUCAGUGUAGAGCUUUCACAUCGCUUUUUCACUCAUUUCUUCACCUGGGAGACUCUUCUUUGUAUUUCCAAUAUGUUUAUUUCUCUGUGUAAAAAAUACAUAUUUAUUUUCUCACGGAGAUAAAUGUGAAUGUACAAAAUCAGAGUUGAGACAGUACAUUGUGACUGCUGGCUAUGUUACAUAGAUCUCAUGAUUUUUAUUCAUAUAGCUGGACUUAGAAAAUGAAUAAAUUGUAAUGUAAAUAUAUUGAAGCAGUCUGGAUCCAUACUUCUUGUACACAUUCAAUAGACAAUGGGUUUUGACCAGUAACUUCUUCAAAAAGAAAGAGAAAUCCUUACUGGAAGGGACAGAGAAAUCAUGUGGACCAGAGAUGGAUUUUUGUCUUGGUGUCAUCAGUCCCCAUUGGAAGAGGAAGAACCUGACUUGAUUAAGGUCAGUUCUGGCCAGCAUAUGCAAUCCAUGAUUUGCAUUGCUUCAAUUCCUCUGUGGCAUGAAAUGGAUCUGGGAGAAUAACUUUUAAAAAGCCACCAGGAAGAGGAUCUGAUAUUUGUAGCACUGAUAGUUUCUGCUUGCUUGCUCUCAUCAAGGAUGACAAGACUGCUGGGAAUAUGGAAGGAAGUAAAGACUCAAUAUGAUUCAGAACUGACUUGUUAUGAAUGUCUUUGCAAUACUUUAUCCUAUGCUGCUGAUUAGGGGCAUUACCUGAUGAUUAGGAUAGAUCUAAGGGUAUUCUUUGACAGUGGGCACAAUCAGCUUUGUCAUGGAUCUGUAAUAUAUGAAAAAUAAACAAGGGGCUAAACGCCAGGCAUUUUAACAACAAUGUAAAAAAGCCUUAUUUUAAAGAUGCAUUUGUUCCUACUACUAUUGUUACCUCCAUAUUUUUAUUUACCAUCAGUGUUGUGAAGCUCACUAUUAACUAGGUUUUGUGAUUUCAUAACUUUGUGGCCACUUCUGCAAGGCCCAGGUUUAUGGUUUUGAUUUUAAAUUACAUCUUUUUGACAACUUAACAUUUCAAAUGCCUUGUGUAUAUAGCUCAGCAAUAAGGCAAAGUCUGGUAUGCUCAGCCAAAUUGUGCCCUGCAUAGUAAAUUUCAUUGCUUGUGCUUUCCCAUAGCAAUGGGAGAUGAUGUAAACUAGUUAAGAACUGGAAGUGCACACUGACAUUUGCAGUGAUCCAGCUGAAAGACAAUGCACAGGGAAGUCAGUGAAAAAAGCUGCUUGUAUAUUUCUCUUGAUGUUUAAGCCAGCCAUUGCUGCUCAGAUUUUUAAAAAUAGAUAAUUCUAAAUGCUCAGUUUAAACACAAGGAGCAGACUUCCAAAUGCAGGCAUGGAUGCACACCCUUCCCCUCAAAUGAGUAAGCCUUUUGCAUUUCUUACAUACCCAUUUUUGUGGGUACUUGCCACGUUCAGGCCUGUAAACCAGUGAGAUGCACGUACGGCGCAAGUAAAGAUGAUGUUUUUCAUAAUCACAUUUUGAAAGACUUCUUCUAAGUGCAGAAAAAAAGGCUGAAGUUGGAUUGCAGUGCUCACCCAGAAACUUUGCUAGCUGGACCUGAAGACGUUAUGAGAUCCACACUUAUAUGUGUCUUUGCUGAAACCUACUUCCUUCCAGCGCUCAGUUCUGUGGGGUGCUGGAAAAAAAAGGUUUGGGGAUCUUUCUUCUGACAUGUCAGUGUCCAUGAAGGCUCUUCCCAUGUAUUAGUGCUGGUGCCUUAGCCCUAAAAAUGAACAGAAAUGUUUGCAUAUGGUUUUGGAUGCAGUAGAUUUUUUCUCAAGAAGUGAAUUUCAAAGAAAUAAAGAGAAAAUAUUUCAUGGUGCAGAUUACUCAGGACAGUUUUAUAUAUAGUACCCUUCAUGUAGACAUGGUUGUUUUGUAAUGCUCUCUCUGUCUUUCUUUGCAAUAUGACCUUGCAACAGAUUGAAGAUCAAAUAUAGUAAGACAGGCCAAAUUUACACUAUACCAUAGUCUUUUAAACAAAUUAUAGUGAAAUGAAAACAUGUAUUAUUCAACAAUUAAGACAAAUAUUUACUUGGGAGUUAGCCUCACUUCAGAGUCUCUGGGAAGGAGUUGCAACUAAAAUGUAGAAGUUUGAAUUGCAGCAACUCUUGCCCUGAUUCUCCUUCUGGUGACAAAAAUUAUAUAUAGAUCUCCAGAAAGCUGUGAUAGCAACAUCUGUUCUUUUCCACUUGCAUGCUUUAAGUUACUAUAAAAAAUUCUAGGGCAACAACUAAGAACAUUUGUGCCUCAUUUUGAUAAAGCCCAGCCAGAGCCUUCCUGAUGGCCUGCUGAGCAGAUAACCUCAGACUUUUUGCAUGAGAUGCAGUAAAAUAUAAUUGUCCUCAAAUGUGUUCCCACUGAGUUAGGAAAUGCCAAACCAUAAUUGCAUCCAACUCAGAGCAUUUGAUGUAUAAAAUAAUAAGAUUGUUUUACAAGUGGCUCUUGCCAUGCUAAAUUUCACAUUGAAUUUUAGUGGUCAGCGUAAGAACUGAGUUCAAAGACAGACUUCUAAAAUGUUCCAUAUUUUAGUUGUCUUUUGGAAAUAAUUAUAUCACAAUUUUGGAGCCAAAGGUCUUUAGCCAUAACUAACACAGUACCUUUCUCUGACUGCCUUUCUGCUUUCUUUUCUAUAUGUGUGGCAUUUGUAUGUAGCAGAUGCCAUCUAAAUGAUCUCUAAUUUAAAACUCUUUGUUGUAAAUACUAGGAAUAACUUGCAUAUAUAUUUUAUUUUGAUAAGUGUUUUGUAACAUUAUACCUUCCAUACAUUGCUUUGUGCACCUCACCCUGUGUGUGUGCUGUUACACAUGUUGUAAAUGAAGUGUCCUGGCUGCAGAGCAGAGGAAUUGGCUGUUGACAGCUGAAGUACAAUGUAUAGGACAGCAGUAGCUUGAUGUGCAUUUCUUCUGGAGUAACUGCAUUGCAAGGUUUAUUUACUCUUUGAAUGUUGUUUGUCAAAUGAAUCUAUUUUCUGGAAAUAAGUACAAACUUACAUUCCUAUUAUUUUUCUCUUACUGUACAUGGUUGAAUUAAAUAAUAUACAAAACUGAA